AUGUUUCGUUUGAUAUUGAACAAUGCUAGAGCUGCUAUGCCACGCAGAUCUUUCGCCAGAAUGUACUCUGCGAGAGCAAGUUCCUUCACCACCAACAACCGUUUAUAUUGGGGAGUUGGUUUGAGUGUGGUUCCUGCCUAUAUUGCAUUCACUCAACUUGAAGCUGUGAAAAAUGAUGCUGAGGUGGCGGCUUCGGAUAGUGUCAAGUUGGCGCUGGCUGAAGUUGAGACGAAGGAUGCUUCUCCCGAAGCAGCCGGCUCCGAAGGUGAUCACUCUGGUGCUGCUUACAACCCAGAAACCGGAGAGAUCAACUGGGAUUGUCCAUGUUUGGGAGGUAUGGCUCACGGACCUUGCGGAGAGGAGUUUAAGGAGGCAUUUGCUUGUUUCGUGUAUUCCGAGAGUGAACCCAAGGGUAUUGACUGUAUCACCAAAUUUGAAGUUAUGCGCAAUUGUUUCAGAGAACAUCCCGAACAUUACAAAGAAGAACUCUAUGAUGAUGAAGCAGCGCUGAAAGCAGAAAACGAGGUUGAAGCAGCUGAAUCUGCCGAGGAAAGUACCCAAACGGCGACCGAAAAAGUAGCUGAAAAAGUAAGUGAAAAAGUCACUGAAGCUGAGUCUGCUAUCGCUAGCUCCGUCAGUGCUCCAGCUACAAAUGAGAAGCCAAACAAGGCCUCUAAAAAGACCAAGUCAGCCGAGACUACUUCCGCUUCGGUAUAA